GAUUAACGUGAAAAAAUUAAUGAAGAAGUUUCAGAAAGUAAUAGUUUUACAGUGCUUACAACAAAGGCAAGUCGCUAAAAUGUCCGGACCUAAUGAAAAUGAAAAUGCACGAUUGAAUCUCGAACUAACUCGUCAAGUAGCCAUCAACAAUCAACUUCGAGAAACGGUGGCUACUCUGAUGAGUUACUUUAGAAUGCCUCCACCACCACCACCAAAUGACCUGAUACCAGCACAAGCACCAGUUCCUGAGCCAGCACAAACACCAGUACCUAAGCCAGCUCAAGCACCAGUACGCAGGCCAGCUCAAGCACCAACAUCUGGAUCAGGACAAAAUGGUUUUAGAGGCCGCCGUCGCAAUGGCGGGAAGAACAGACAAUCUUGGUAUGAAAAUAAUUCGUGGCAGAGGGCGUGGCCAAAUAGUUACGGCUCAGCAGGGAGGGAGUUCAAACCAACAAGCCCCAGGACCGGAUAAU